ACGCGCUGCGGUUUCCGGAGGCGGAAAGAUGGCGGCCUGGGGCCCCGCGGGGGAGAGGCGGCGGCCGCUCCGGCUCCCCCGGCCGCUUCCUCUGCUGCUGCCGCUGCUGCUGGCGGGAGGACUCGCGGCCGCCGGGAAGAUGAAGGUGGUGGAGGAGCCCAACAGCUUCGGGCUGAACAACCCCUUCCUGCCUCCUUCCAACCGGCUCCAGCCCAAAGCGGCGCCCUCCCCGGUCUCAGGGCCCGAGCAUCUUCUUAGGCUGGCGGGCAGGUGCUUCGGUUACGUGGAAUCUACGUAUAAAUACGAGUUCUGCCCAUUUUAUAACGUCACCCAACACGAGCAAACGUUCCGGUGGAAUGCCUACAGCGGGAUUCUCGGAAUCUGGCAUGAAUGGGAAAUUGAAAACAACACUUUUGUUGGUAUGUGGAUGAGAGAAGGAGAUUCUUGCGGAACAAAAAAUAGAGAAACAAAGGUACUUCUUGUAUGCGGAAAAAACAAUAGAUUGGCUCAAGUAUCUGAACCAAGCACUUGUGUUUAUUCUCUUACAUUUGAAACUCCACUUGUUUGUCACCCACAUUCUCUUUUAGUCUAUCCAACCUUGCCUGAAGCUCUUCAGAGAAAGUGGGAUGAAGUUGAGCAGUUGCUUUAUGAUGAGUUAAUUACAAAACAGGGAUACAAGAAAAGGUUGAGAGAACUGUUUGAAGAAGGCUCCCUUUUGAAAUCAACAAGAGACAAAAAAGAGAAGGACACUCAACUUCGACCUUUGGAAUUUGACUCCGUAGAAAAGUGCAGCAAGGAGUAUAAGCGACUUUCUAACGAUCUGCAGAAAUUGUCAGAUUUACUAACCCAGCAUGGAAUUGCAUAUGAAACCGUCCUAUUUGGAAACGGAGAUGGCAACCAUACUACGCAAGCACUCGGGAUAAAGAAGUCAGAUCUUAGCACGAUUUCAAAUGCUAACAAGCAUGGAGAUGCUGAACCUCGGUACAAUGCCUCAUGAGAAAAUGGUCAUCUUCUCCCAGCUGCGAGCACCUCGGGUGUGGGGCGAGGACGGCAAACCAUGGCUUGACCCCAUUCCUUUGUGGAGAACCACAACUAGAGCCCCAUCCAGGCCCCAUACGAGAACAGCAAGAGCAGGAUUGAGAGUCUCACGUGCUCAACUCACACACUGGUGCUGCAGUGGCCCUUCUUUUCUCAGUGGGAGUCUUGGACCUUUGAAUAAAAUUACAGAGUUAUAACAAUAGUGUACCUUCUGUGCCUGUUGCUGACUUUCCUUCUGGACCAGGAGAAAGAGAUUUGCUAGUAUUCAUUUUGUGUAAAACUACUUCAAGUUUUAAUCUGAAUUGCUAACAUGGUUUCAUAUACCAAAAUGUUUCUUGACUGGAUCCUGCUUUGAUGUAGAGAAAUGUUGGUGUUGCCAGCUCUGGAAGGUCAUAAUAAAGCUCCUUGUGCUGAGA